AAUAAUCUUAGGGCUCUCAGUUUUUUUUUUAUCAAGGGAAGCUCUCAUAUUUAUUUCUCCUUAACGUUUCAUAAUACCAUAUACAUCUCACCUUUAAGCUUGAAAUGGAUUCUUCUAACCUUUCAUCCCUUCCGGAAGAACCCUUUGAGGGAAUCCAGAAUUACGAUGCAACUGCAGCAGGCAACGAAGCCGCUUCCGCUUUCUCUUCCGUUCCUGCUCGCCCUCCCACUCAGCCGUCUUCUUCACAAAAAUUUGAGCCUUUAGACUGGUCUGACUACUUUGACAGUGAGGAUGAUAUACAAAUCUCAGACUCUAAUGAUGUCUUUCACGUUUACUUGGCAGGGAUUGGAGGACCAGUUGUUUUCUGUUUACACGGUGGUGGUUAUUCUGGACUAUCGUUUGCAUUGGCUGCAAGACAAAUGAAGGAGAAAUGUACCGUAGUUGCCAUGGACUUGAGGGGACAUGGGAAGUCAUUCACAGAGAAUGAAUUGGAUUUGUCUAUUGAGACCUUAUGUAGUGAUGUAGUGGCCGUAUGUAGAAAGAUGUAUGGAGAUUCUCCACCUGCAAUUGUGCUGGUUGGCCACAGCAUGGGAGGUGCCGUUGCAGUUCAUGUUGCUGCAAAGAAAGCACUAUCUAGUUUGGCUGGGCUGGUUGUUGUGGAUGUUGUUGAGGGUACAGCAAUGGCCUCGUUGAUUCAUAUGCAGAAGAUCUUAUCAAACAGAAUGCAACAUUUCUCCACCCUUAAAAAAGCGAUUGAAUGGAGUGUGAAAGGCGGCACUUUAAGAAAUAUCGACUCUGCACGUGUAUCAAUACCUAGCACAUUGAUAUAUGAUGAUUCAAAGAAUUGUUACACACAUCGUGCAAGACUAGAAGAAACUGAACAAUGCUGGAAGGGCUGGUACGAAGGGCUCUCAGAAUUGUUUUUGUCAAGUCCAGUACCCAAACUAUUGCUUUUAGCUGGGACAGACAGGUUGGACAGAUCUCUUACAAUUGGUCAAAUGCAAGGAAAAUUUCAAAUGGUGGUUGUCCGACAUACUGGCCAUACUAUACAGGAAGACGCUCCUAAUGAAUUUGCUGACUUAAUACUGAAUUUUAUUUCUCGCAAUCGGAUCAGCCGGUAUGGAGUUGAGAUACCUGGCAUUGGCAGCUGGUCGAAACCAAAACCUUGAAACCGCGAAAAACCAUUAACGAUUAACCUAAAGGUAAGAGGGCACUGGUGUGUUACUGGGGGGCUUCUCUAUGUGCACAUUAUUUUGUGUAGGAUUACAUUUCAUGAUAUUAGGAAUAUCUCAAGUCUCCCCCACCUUUUUUGUAAAUAGAGGACUUUUCCAUUUCUGGCACUUUUAACAAAUUCAACUGAGUCACUUUCAUGGAGAAACAAUGUGAAUUAUCAAAUAUUGGAGGAUUAAGGUCCGUUUGGUACACGGAAUUGAAAUUAAAAUUCUAUGGAAUUG